AUGGAGGAGGCAAGAGAAGGAGAGAUAGAGAAGAAGGAACAAGUAGGUGGAGAAGUGAGGGAAGGAGUAGCAUCAAUAGCUUUGUUGCCUUGUGGCUCUAUCUCUGGCCAUUUCAUUCAGAUGCCUAGCUCCAUCUGUUAUGGCCUCCAUGGCACUGAGCUGGCUUGUGAGACUGAAUGCAGUCGCGGUGAGGAUUAUCGGUUGAUCAAGCUCUCCAUUAUAGACUACAAUAGUAAGAAGGAACAAACUGUUGUAGUGGAGUGCAAAGGCCAUGAUGCUGCUCGAAUAAAUGAUGUAGAGCAUGCUCACGGUUGGGAGGAAGAUGUGAUAGGAUUAGUCGAACAAAAGCACGGAAAAAAGAAAGUAUCUGUUUCGUUUGAGUGUGAGACAUUGAAGGCAGAGAAAGCAGCAGAGGACCAUAUCAAACAGUUUAUGCCCAAAUUAUCUGGACUUGAUGCUGUUAUUAACAUUGGGCCAAUGAAGAUAUCCGGGCUUGAUUUUGCUGUGGUGGAAGAAGAACAAACUAAGACAGCUUAA